AUGGGGUUACUCCUUCUGCCGGCUGUGGCUCUCGCCGCACUCAUCGUCUACUAUGUUCUAUUCCCCAAGAAGCAGACUGGUCUGCCUCUCCCACCUGGGCCCAAGCCCCUCCCUGUUAUCGGUAACCUCCUCGACCUCCCACCCGCUGGCACAGCAGAGUACAAGCACUGGGCCAAGCACAAGGAACUUUAUGGACCCAUCAGCUCUCUCAACAUCCUCGGUCAGCCCAUGAUCGUUCUCAACUGCCCCGAUGCUAUGCACGAGCUUCUUGAGAAGAGGUCCACCAAGACUUCUUCUCGACCCAGCGCAACGUUUGGAGGCGAGCUUUGUGGUUUCAAAGUGAUGCUUCCUCUUAUCCCUUAUGGCGACAAAUUCCGAUACUACCGUAAGCUGGUGCACCAGCAGAUGGGUACCAAGUUGAUCUGCUCCGAGUUCCGAGACACUCAGGAUCUCGAGUCGCUCCGUUUCCUUAUCCGAAACAUUGAACGACCCGAGGAAUUGCAGAAGCACAUCAAGACCGAAGCCACCGCUAUUAUUCUGCGAAUCAUCUACGGAUACAACAUCGAGCCCCGCAAAGUCGAUCCUCUCGUCAGUCUCAUCGAGACCAUGAUGAUCCAUUUCUCCGAGGCCUUCGUUCCCCUCUCUUGGGCCGUCGAUAUCUUCCCUGGCCUCAACAACCUCCCUGACUGGUUCCCUGGUACUAGCUUCAAGAAGACUGCCAAGGAGUGGCGACGUGUCACCGACCAAAGUCUCGAUGUCCCCUACGAUUUCGUCAUGAGCCAGAUGUCAACCGGAACAAACCGACCUUCAUAUGUCUCCAACCUCAUGAGCAAGUCUUUCAAGAACGACCAAGGCACAGGAAAGCCCACCAAGGAAGAUAUCGAUGCUGUCAAGGCCACUGCCACUAUCAUGUAUGGUGGUGGUGCUGAUACUACCGUUUCAACCAUCAGCAGCUUUAUUCUCGCUAUGAUCAAGUUCCCUGAAGUUCAGAAGAAGGCGCAGGCAGAGAUUGACCGCGUGACCGGAGGCGAGCGACUGCCCAACUUUGACGACGAAAAAGACAUGCCUUAUAUCCGCGCUCUCUGCAAGGAAGCUCUUCGAUGGAUGCCUGUUGUUCCUACUACCACAACCCACAUGACCGAGGAAGAGCUCGAGUACGGAGGAUACCGUAUCCCCAAGGGAACCUACCUCAUCCCAUCCACCUGGGCUCUCCUCCACGAUCCUGAAGUGUACCUUGACCCAUCUGCCUUCGAACCCGAGCGAUAUAUCGAGCCUCGAAACGAACCUGAUCCUGCUGAGUAUGCCUUUGGAUACGGACGACGAAUCUGCCCCGGUCGUUACCUGGCUGAGGAUAGUAUCUUCAUGACCUGUGUACGACUCUUGGCUGUGUUCAACAUGCGCAAGGCUGUUGGUGAGGAUGGAAAGGAGAUUGAUAUUGUCGUGGACGGUACACCUGGACUCAUCAGCCACCCUGUCGAUUACGCUUACAGCAUCACCCCUCGAAGCGACAAGCAUGUCGAGUUGGUGCGAGCUGCUGAGCGGGCUCAUCCUUGGGAGGAGAGCGAUGCUCCUUCUUUGCCUAAGGAUUCUUUUGUUUAG